AUGAGGCGAAUUGAGGAAAUCGAUUAUUUUGGUGGAGUUGGAGACGUGGCUAAUGCUCUAAAAUUGGCAAACGAUCUAAUUGCCAAGAAUUCGAUGCCAGUUGAUGUCAUUUUUGUGUCUGAUGGCUACAGCUCCGAAAACUACACGGAUCCCCUUCAAAAAAUGCUGGCAAAUGAUGCGAAUCGUUUCUUCGUCUUGGCGCCGAAUCACAAGAAGGUUUCAAGCCAACUCUCCAUCCUCGUCAACUCUCAGAACAUCUACAACAAGUUUGAAAACCUUGUCGGCUUGCGUGAUAACUUGGCUUGC